AUGGAUUUUAUGGAACUUUCAACAUGCAAAUGGGAAAACUGAACAAACUACAGAGCUUCAGAGAACUUCAGCAAAAUCUUUCUCUACAAGUGAUAGAAAAUAUGAAUAGUUCUGUGAUGAUCAGGAAACUCUCUAUCAUCCUGCAAAAUAUGGCCACCAAAUUAUGCCAUCAACUAUAUAAGAAAGAUUCAGAACACAAAUGUAAACCUUGUCCAAAGGGCUGGUUGUGGCAUGAGGACAGCUGUUAUUUACAGGGUCAGGAGAGUAAUGAUUGGCAAACCAGUGAACAGGAAUGUCGGAAUCUAAAUGCCAGUCUGUUGAAGAUUAAGAACAAAAGUGUAUUGGAUUUUAUAAAAUCCCAGACAAUUGACUUUUGGCUAGGAUUAUCUCCCAGUAAAAAUUAUGAAAAUCCAAAGACGCUUAAAGAGAUAAUUUCCUCCUCUGACUGGUUAAUAAACAACACAAAUGGCUUCAGUGGUGAGAUGUAUUGUGGAUGUAGAUAUUAUGACCAGCUUGUCUAUAAACAUUGUGCUGAAAGGGAAAAUUUUAUAUGUGAGAAAUUGGCUGAUCGAGUGAAGACUGAGAAUACGCUAAUAAAUGAAGAACCAGAUGGAUUUUUGUAG